CUUCCCAGCGGCCCCGGGCGGCCCGGGCAUGCCCAGUGCGGGCGGUGCGGCCCCGGCCCUGGCAGCGCCGGGCGCGAGGGGCGCGCAGGAGGCGAGCGGGCCCGCGGGGGGCCUCGGGCCGGGCCGGAGCCGAGCGGCCGGGUCCCUCAUGAUGCAAGGUUUCAGGACGCCCUUGUCUCCUCUGCGUGGCUGGUAGCUCGGACGGUGAAGAGAUGGCGGACAGUGUCAAGACCUUUCUCCACGACCUCGCCAGGGGGAUCAAAGAUUCCAUCUGGGGAAUAUGCACCAUCUCCAAUCUGGAUGCUCGGAUUCAGCAGAAGAGAGAGGAGCAGCGUCGGCGGAGGGCGAGCAGUGCCCUGGCACAGAGGAGAGCACAGAGCACAGAGAGGAAGCAGGAGAGUGAGCCAAGAAUCGUCAGCAGAAUUUUCCAGUGCUGCGCUUGGAAUGGUGGUGUGUUCUGGUUCAGUCUCCUCCUGUUCUACCGUGUCUUCAUUCCUGUGCUUCAGUCCGUAACGGCGCAGAUUAUCGGUGACCCGUCUCUCCAUGGAGACGUUUGGUCGUGGCUGGAAUUCUUCCUCACGUCGAUUUUCAGCGCUCUCUGGGUGCUCCCGCUGUUUGUGCUCAGCAAAGUCGUGAAUGCGAUUUGGUUCCAAGACAUCGCCGAUCUGGCGUUUGAGGUGUCAGGGAGGAAGCCACACCCCUUCCCCAGCGUCAGCAAGAUCAUCGCCGACAUGCUCUUCAACCUGCUGCUGCAGGCGCUCUUCCUCUUGCAGGGCAUGUUCGUGAGUCUCUUCCCCAUCCAUCUGGUCGGUCAGCUGGUUAGUCUCCUGCACAUGUCCCUUCUCUACUCCUUGUACUGCUUCGAAUAUCGGUGGUUCAAUAAAGGAAUCGAGAUGCACCAGCGGCUGUCAAACAUAGAAAGGAAUUGGCCAUACUACUUUGGAUUUGGCUUGCCGUUGGCCUUCCUUACGGCAAUGCAGUCCUCAUACAUCAUCAGCGGCUGCCUUUUCUCCAUCCUCUUUCCUUUAUUCAUCAUCAGCGCCAACGAAGCAAAGACCCCUGGCAAAGCAUACCUUUUCCAGUUGCGCCUCUUCUCCUUGGUGGUCUUCCUGAGCAACAGACUCUUCCACAAGACGGUCUACCUGCAGUCCGCACUGAGCAGCUCCGCCUCCGCAGACAAGCUCCCCUCGCCACACCCGUCUCCCGCCAAACCGAAGCCUGUCGCAGGCCACUGAGUCACCAGCCAGCCCCCCCCCCCCCACUUCAGUCCCCUCCAAACCAGGGAAGGCAGGACCCACUCUGCCAAGGGCCCUGUGCGUUUUCCUGUCUCGGAGGAAUCGGCAGUUUCGUCUCUGGUGCAUGUAAGGCAGAAUCUUCCUGACUCCUGUAUGCGGAUUUUUUUUUUUUAAACACGGAUGAGUCUGCAAGGACCAUGGGUCCUCCCUCAGCUCUUUUCUAGCAUCUGCCAGCCCCUGUCCCUGCCCUGUGCCCGGACUUAUUUGAAUACAUUUUCUCCCUGUGCCAUUUACCUACUCUACUCCCGCCCCCCCCCCACUUCCUGCCUCUCUCCACCCUCGGAUGAAUGGAUUUUGUAAUUCUA